AUGUCUCUGCAUGCGGAAGCGUGGGUGGCCGCGUCGCAGAUCCUCAGUGUCCGAUGGCUGAAAGUUUUAGGGCUCCUGGUUGUGGUGGGAGUUGGAGAGUUUGGAAAAGUCGUUCGAGUACCAUUCAAAACCUGCUAUGUCGACCAUGAUAACCCAGAAUCCAUUUACAAUUUUACGAUGACCGAUCUUUGGGGCCAACGUAAUAUCAGCCUUUCUGACUACAAAGGAAAGGGUCUGACCCAUCACUACCAUGGUCUGAAUGCACUGAACUCAAAGUUCAGAGACCUGGUAGUGCUUGGGUUUCCCUGUAAUCAGUUUGGAGAGCAAGAGCAAGGUGCUAAUGCCACUGAAAUUUGGAAUGGGAUCAAAUAUGUAAGACCCGGCCAUGGCUUUGAGCCAAAUUUCCAGCUAUUUUCAAAAAUUGAAGCCAAUGGAGAAACUGAAGCACCUCUUUAUACAUAUUUGAAGAAAAUGUGCCCUUCCACAAGAGACGGCCAUGGAGAAACUAAGAAUCUUCAUUAUUUCCCACUGAAGAGUACAGAUCUGCGGUGGAACUUUGAGAAGUUCUUAAUUGAUCGGUCAGGAAGACCAUGGCGAAGAUUUGACCCCACCUUUAACCCAAUGGACAUGAUCAGCCAUGUUGAAGAGCUCAUAGCAGCACCACCAAUAGCUCCUGGGCGACGUGCAUUAACUGACUGUACUUUUUAACACUAGAGGAUGAACUAUCAGAACCAAAAGUCCCAUUUUAUUCUCACAAUUAUUGCUUGAUUUGUUUGAAAACAAAGAUGCUUUGCUCUGUAAUGUAAAUUACCCAAUGAAGCUACAACCAUAAACCUAACAGGUGGGUUGUGACAGAUGUGUCAAGCUUGUGAUGUCUAAUGCAUUCGGGUAUCAUAGGUGUAGACAAGUAGUUUGCAUUUUAGGGAUUGGCAUCAUUGAUUCAAAUAAUAUGCAUGCAAUGGUUUUAUUUUAUUUAAAAUUUGACAAAUAAAUUACUUUUAUAUUACGACUUAUUAGUUAAAAGGCACACAAUGUAAAACUGAUCAGUUGGUGGAAUUAAAAGUGAUGGGUUAAUGA